AAAAAAUGCUUGGUUUGAUAUACAUAUGCGUCAUAUAUUCCUGCGUGCAAAUUGGUCAGACAGGUCCGUGCAAAUUUGACGAGCGAUGCCAGUGUAGUAAAACGAAAACCGGAUAUGUAGAUGUGGAUUGUUCGAGGAAAAAAAUAACAAGAAUCCCGAAUUUACCCGAGUCAAUUGUAUUCCUAAAUGUAUCACACAAUUUGAUUGACUCCAUCAGCAAAGGAAUAUUCGAAGCUGCGAAACAUCUCUUAACACUAGACUUGUCGUUUAAUAGAUUGUCAUCAAUAAAUAUCGCUACAUUCAAUGGCCUCAGGAAAUUACGUUACCUUUCUCUUGACAAUAAUAAACUGGUUUAUAACAACCAUACUUUUCCAACAAAAAUCUUUAGACAAUUGGAAUUUCUUUCCCAUUUAAGUUUAAAAAAUAACAAUAUUAGGUCUUCAUCUUGUUCAAGUUUUCCGGAUAAAACAAUUGUAGAUUUGUCUGUUCUAGAAACGCUGGAAUUAGAUGCUAGUGAUUGUGGAGAAAAUUUUCUCGGAAAAAGAUUUCGCUCCCUACGGAAAUUAAAAUCAUUGGUAUUAGGGAACAAUUUACACUUUUCAAUGUCAAAAAUGACAUUCAUAAAUACUAAAUUUUUGCAAAAUAUUCUACUACAUGCGAUUGAUGAAAUAUCAUUUACAAGAAAAACAUUCCGAAAAUUGAGAUACCUCAAGCAUCUUGAAUUUUCUUUCGAUUCAAAAAAAGGUGGAAUAAUGUCGCCAUUAGAGAGACUGGCGUCGGAAUUAAGAUUCACUUCAAUUGAAACUUUGAAACUGGGCCACUCGACAAUGCCUUUUCAAACAUUCCCUUUGUACAUUUUUAUUAAAGAACUAUAUACAAAAAAUAUCACUGAAAUAUACAUAACAGACAACUCGGGAAAAGCAGGACACUUUCCAGUACCUAUUGGUGCUCCGCCACCAACUCUUCACAUUUUGGAUUUAUCAAACAACGGUCUCAUCCGAUUUACACUUGAUAUAAGACACAUUACUCGUCUAAUUUUAAAGCAAAAUUUACUAGGGGAUUUCUUAUCGACGAAAUCUUAUUUUGAAAAGAAAUCUUACGGGGAUUUCAGUUUGAUCAAAUUUAUUGAUAUAUCUCAAAAUGAUAUAAAAGAACUUGCACCAUUCACGUUUGAUUCUCAACCAUUAUUAAAACAUAUUGAUUUAAGUAACAAUGAAAUACAAGACAUCACAUUCAACUUGUCGUCUUUGGUUGAACUCGAAUUUCUGAAUCUCUCUUAUAAUAAAAUCAAGUUUUUUAAUGAAAGAACUAUGCGUACUAUUAACAUAUUAGUUGCACACAAACAGCUUACUAUAGAUCUUUCUCAAAAUUUAUUGCAAUGUACAUGCAAGACAAUUCCUUUUUUAAGAUGGAUGAUCGAACGCAAUGUCUUAUUUGUUGACCUUCAAGGGUACAUCUGUACUUUCGAGAAUGGUAGCACAAUUAUCAUGAAUCCGUUCGAGUACAAAGUCCUUCUGUUAGAAGAAACUUGCAAAUCAUACAUAGGACUGAUAAUAGGUGGGUCAAUGGCACUCCUAGUGGUUAUCAUGACUGUAAUCGCAAGUUUAGUGUAUCGAUAUCGGUGGAAAAUACAAUACAUGUACUACAUGACAAAAGGAAAGUACAGCUAUAGGAAAAUAUCACCCGAAGAUGACGAUGAAUAUACAUAUGACGCAUUUAUAUCAUACUCCGAUGAUGACAGAAGCUUUGUCUUUAAAGACUGCAUUGAAAAACUUGAAAAAGAAGAAAACUUAAGGCUUUGCAUACAUCAACGGGAUUUUAUGCCCGGACAAGACAUCACUGUAAACAUAACAAAUUGUAUCCACACAAGUAGAACAACAGUCUGUCUUAUAACAAGAAAGUUUCUCGAUUCAUAUUACUGCAUGUUCGAAUUCAACAUGGCACGUAUGGAGAGUAUUUAUUCACGACAUGGAAGAAAUGUUUUAUUCCUUGUGUUUUAUGAACAGCUUCAGCCUAAGGAACUUCCACUAGUCAUGCUAGAACUAGUCCAGAAACAGUCUUACAUCGAAUAUCCUAAUGACGUCCAAGGAAAUAUUGUAUUCUGGGAGAAAAUAAAAGAAACGUUAAGGACAAACGUUCGGGCAUGAGUUUUCGCGACAAGUGAAAAUCAGGAAGGUUCAUGUUUUAUUUUGCUUUCCAAAUGAAAAGGAUAACUAGUAACUCAACAUCUCGUGAAGAUUUAUUGUUCUGUUCCAAGUUAUGUAAACUGCAUUCUGUUCAGAAAUUGUUCAUCUGGUUUAGUUUUUUUCAUAGUAAAAUAGUAUUGUUUUUCUUCUCUUCUCUAGAUUUACUUGUAUAAUACCAGUGGUUUAUAAUUACUAGACAACAAAGCCAGGGUCAUAUGCGCAAAGUGGAAGCCAAAUAUUAGUAUGAACUCAAAUUUACCUCGUCGAUUUACAUUUAGUCUACACAAGUUAGAUUAAGAAAUUAUCAACACCGGAUGCAUAGGCUAAUGUCUUUAUGUUUGCAAAAAAAAAACGACGUAUGUAUAAUGUAAGUUGGUAGUUAAGAAGAAUCGUAGAGAUAUCAUUGGAAGUAAAAGUUGUAGCUAUAAUUCAAUUCUAUAUGUUUUUCAUAUUUUUUUUUUAUUAUUUUUCCGUUUAUUUAAGUGUAAUUUCUAUAUAUUUUUCCUAAAAGAAAUGGGUUUUUUUAUCUUUCUUUUCGAUUUUUGCAAUGAAUGUAAAUUAACGUCUGAGUAAAAUUAUUUUUCUACCAAGAGUUUCAGAUUCAUGUGACAAUUUGUUCGAAUAUUCCUUAUUUUGUAAAUUACGGGAAGAAAGAAUUGUAAUUAUGAACAUGCAUAGCAAUGAUUCGAAUAAAAAGACACAAUGGACAAGCGUUGGUUCGUUAACAAGAUACAAAUACAAUUUGCCAUCACGGUUUAUGGUAUCUCUUUGGCGUUUGCUUUUGUUGUAGUUCAGCGUCUCUGUUGUUCUGUUGUUUUCGUUAUAUAGUUGAUGUGUUUCCCUCGGUUUUAGUUUGUUACCCGGAUUUGGUUUUGCUUAAUCGAAUUAUGAAUAUUGAACAACGGUAUAGUACCAUUGUUGCCUUUAUUUGACAAAACAAUGUUUAUUCAUUAUAACUCCUUUAUUAUGGCUCAAAACCAUAUUUCAAAAUAGUAUCAUAUAUACCUGUAUAUAGUUUUUUUCAACUGAUUUUUAUUGUUCGUUCUUAUGUCGUACUGUUCCACUACUGUCCCAGGUUAGGGGAGGGUUGGGAUCACGCUAACAUGUUUAACCCCGCCACAUUCUAUAUGUAUGUGCCUGUCCCAAGUCAGGAGCCUGUAAUUCAGUGGUUGUCGUUUGUUGCUGUGUUACAUAUUUGUUUUUCGUUCAUUUUUUUGUACAUAAAUUAGGCCGUUAGUUUUCUCGUUUAAAUUGUUUUGCAUUUGUCAUUUCAGGGUCUUUUAUAGCUGACUAUACGGUAUGGGCUUUGCUCAUUGUUGAAGGCCGUACGGUGACCUAUAGUUGUUGAUUUCUGUGUCAUGUGGUCUCUUGUGAAGAGUUGUCUCAUUGGCAAUCACACCACAUCUUCUUUUUUAUAUAUAGUAUAUUAAAUGUUUAGGUAUUUUAUAGUAGCUCAUAAUUCUUUUUUAUAGUUGCUCUCAUUGUUUCAAAUUAUAAUUGUUAUUAAAUCUAUUUAUGUAUAAAGUUAUGUAAAUAGAGCGGUGAGACUAUAAUAAAAUAUUUGUA